AUGAACAUGGACCCUUCCCUGGCAGCCAAAGCUGCCGUCAGGAAACAGUCUAGCCAGACAGCCUCGGCCAACGAGAUUGUCCCGCACACCUCGUCUCUAGCCCGCAUCAAAAAAGCCAACCCGCAGCCAAUCCUUCGAAACCAGCACCCUCGCAAGAGCGAUGGCUCGGCCAGCAGCGUGUCAUCCGUGCGAACAAAACAGAAUUCGGUGCCGACCUCUGCAGACUGGGCGAAAAGACCGUCCACCCCUGGUAAACAUGCCCUGCGUACGACUUGGGACUCGGUCAACAGCAACAGCUCGUCUGCAGCGCUAGCUGCCGCUUCGCUCGUCGCCAAGUCGAGGCCAUCGCUCAUGGUAUCAACGAGCCAGCCGAAACUCUCCACGACGCCUGAAAAUUUGUCCUCCCCAUCUAUUAGACCUGUCCCCAUGAGCCUAUCGUCGCAUUCCAUUCCGAACCUAAAGUCGCCUAAUUUCGGCACAGCCAAGCCAUUGAGCCCCAACGACCCCAUCCCGCCGCAUCCAGAAUUCUACUCUGACCCGCUUUCCAAAAGUCCGUACAACAACUCUUCUCCUAACCGUUCUGCCAAGUCGUCAGUGCACAGCCUGAGUUCCUCUCUCAAAGAUGACAUCAAGCUGCUAUCUCCGCCACCCAAAGUGUCUCAUGACGGAUCUAUCAGCACGUCCAACUCGUACUCGUCCCUCUCGCUGCCAAUGAUCUCAGAGGACGAAGAUUACCUCUAUAAAGACGCUCCUGAAGAGCCGUCAUUCAGCUGCAGCAACUGGGACCUCAGCUACGACUUCCCGAAACACACAUUUCACCAGCUGGCCGAGCCGGCUACAAUAGCUGACUAUUACGACCAGAACCCUUCGGACAACGAGAAACUCGACACGAAACGCCCGCUGUCCAGAAAGCCACCUCCAGCGGUGGAAGUGAAUGAAAGCACCUCGAUUCUGAAAGAGCCGUCUUCUGCAGAGCCCGACGUUGACGAAGUACCCGCCAGUGGAGACGAGGCGCUGCCCCAGUAUCCUGUUUCCCCAGUCGCUGAGUACAGAUUGCCUCACCAUCACCAUGGACUGGUGAGAGGGGCGCAUGGCAAGAAGUUCCAGCGGAUGCUGGGUUUACAACGACACGACUCGAGCCAGUCGACACAUCCCGUGCCUGCUGAGCAGGAACAGCAUCUAAAGUUCAAAACGACUCUUCGGAAGGAGAAACAUACGAAGAAAAGCUUUAACGAGGCGAAACCAUGGAAGCAUCACAACGAUGCUAAUUACGUGACCGAGGAAGAGAAAAAACGAUACGAAGGAGUGUGGGCAGCCAACAAGGGCUCCUAUGUGGACGACAAGGAGGAAAGCAUUGUGGCGGACGCCGGCAAACGGAUCCACGGGCUGGUCGUUAGAGAGCUCUGGCGUAGGUCGAGACUGAGCGACGAGACUUUGGAACGGAUCUGGGACCUUCUGAUUGAACAUCGCAAAAAAGAGUACUUUGCACGCCAGCAAGACCAGGACGAGCAGCACGACGAUCUGGAGUUCGACGACGGUACGCUGACGAAGGAAGAGUUCAUCCUGGGAACGUGGCUCGUCGACCAGUGUUUGUACGGGCGCAAACUGCCACCCACGAUCCACGACGAGCUGUGGAACAGCGUGGAGACGCGCGCGUCUGUGAUUGUGAAGCCGAAAAAGGGCAAUAACAGACGCAAAAGAGAAAAAAUGCUGAAAAAAGUUGGUAUGGCAUGA